CACUCUUUUCACUGCUCCGUGGCAUCAUUUGUUUCACUGUCCGGUCGUCACUGAGGGAUUUUACACCUAAAUCUUUUAUUUUUACCACGUGCCUGGAUGGAGACCGAACAAAACAAGUGACCACUGCAUGGAUUUUUCUCGGACACAUUUCAAAAGACACAGGAUGCUCUUUCUUCACCAAAGCAAUAGACAUACUCAUGGAUAACUCUUAAAUGAAUAUGGAUAAAUGGCUGAGACUCUGUUCCUAAUUGCAUUGGGAGCAUGUUUGUAGUGAUGUGACUGUCUAUGAGAAGUAAUUGGAGGACCAUGCAGACUGGUGAGCCUUAGCCGCCGUAGCUAUGCCCAGGCGCGGGUUGCAGCUCCACGGCCGCGUCCGGUGGCUUUUCUUGGGCCUCUGCCUGCUCCUGGUUCUCCUCCUAUUUGCCUAUCUGCUCGAAUGCACCCCUCCGACAGACCUCAACCUGUCUGCUCCCGGAGUGGACCAGUAUGGACGGGAAUACUAUCAGGCAUUACUCCAGGAACAAGAGGAACGUCAUCUGAACCGCGCUGCAAGCUUAAAACGACAAAUUGCACAGCUCAAGCAAGAACUGCAAGAAAUGAGUGAAAAGUUAAAAAUGUUACAGGAUAAAAAGGAGGCUCCUGUGGUGCAAGGGUUAACCGAAACUAAAGACCAAGAACCUAGUGAUCUUUUAGAAUACUUACACUCUCAAAUUGACAAAGCUGAAGUUAACACAGGUGCCAGACUGGCCAGUGAAUAUGCAUUGGUCCCAUUUGAGAGCUUUACAUCGUCUAAGGUUUACCAGUUGGAGAUGGGGUUAACACGGCACCCAGAGGAGAAACCCGUGAGGAAGGACCGCAGGGACGAGUUGGUGGAGGUGAUCGAGGCCGCACUGGACAUCAUCAAUAACCCUGAUGAAGAGGAUGGGGCAGAGGAGGAAGGGGCCAUGCAGAGGCAGCUGUACACAGAGGCACAUUUUACUGAAGGGCUUUAUCGGACGGAGCGGGACAAGGGCAGUUUGUAUGAACUGUUUUUCGCCAAAGAAGAUUCAAAUAGUUUUCGUCACGUGACCUUGUUUCGUCCGUUCGGUCCUUUGAUGAAAGUGAGGAGCACAUCUGUCGACACUUCGGGAAUCAUCAUAAAUAUUAUCGUACCUCUGUCAGGACGAGUCGAGACGUUCACACAGUUUUUAAACAACUUCAGGGAGGUGUGUAUCCAGCAGGACCGGAGAGUGUACCUCACUGUGGUUUACUUUGGGCAGGACGGGCUCGCGGAGGUCAGGUCCUCUCUGGAAAAACUGUCACGGGAGGAGGGCUUUUCAAACUACAGCCUGAUCCCAGUGGAGGAGGAGUUUUCUCGAGGCAGAGGUCUGGACAUUGGGGCUCACGCCUGGACCAAAGGAGAUGUGCUCAUGUUCUUCUGUGACGUCGACAUCCACUUUAACGCAGACUUCCUCAACACCUGUCGCCUCAACUCUGCCCCUAAUAAAAAGGUGUUUUAUCCAGUAGUUUUUAGCCUGUAUAAUCCUGCCAUAGUCUAUGGAAACUUGGAGCUGGCUCCACCCAUCGAACUGCAGCUGAUUCAUAAAAAAGAUGCUGGCUUUUGGAGAGACUUUGGUUUUGGCAUGACCUGUCAGUACCGCUCAGAUUUCUUAAAUAUAGGUGGGUUUGACCUGGAUGUUAAAGGCUGGGGCGUGGAGGACGUACAUUUGUAUAAGAAGUACCUGCGCAGUGACGUGAUCGUGGUGCGCGCUCCGGUCUCCAGUCUCUUUCACCUUUGGCACGAGAAACAGUGCGCUGACGAGCUGACCCCAGAACAGUACCGCAUGUGCAUCCAGUCCAAAGCUAUGAACGAGGCCUCUCACCCCCACCUGGGCAUGCUCGUGUUCAGAGAGGAGAUAGAAGCCCACCUCCAUAAACAGGCUUUCAAGACGCAGAGCAAGAGGGAGGACAGAGACAAGAUAUGAGAACUACACUGCAAAAACUAGUAUCUACAGGAGUAUAAAGCCAGCAUUAAGACUGCAUUGAGGACAGAGCCUGUUUACAUGAAGCCUACUGCAUUUCACUGCACAUCGGAGACAAAUGAAUGUACCAAAACUAGUUCAUUUAUGAAUGUGAAGCUUCACAAAAUGGUACGAUCAAAUGGGACAAUUUUAAUAUUUAAAUCGCUGCUGGGAGGAUCAACAAAUGAACAAAUGCCCGAUGGAGCGAGCGAAGAAGAGACAAAUAUUAAACUUUGGAACAAUAUAAGCCAUUAAAACUGUUCUUUACAAUGCUUAAUGUUAUUUUAUUUCAUAGUCUCUGCUGCUUAACUAAUCUUUUAACUUUAUAUUUAACCUCUGGGAGGACUUGAGCAUUCCUGAACAUUUAAUUGAAGACUUCAUGAAACUUGAACAGAAUUGUAAAGAAAAGACCAUUCAACCAGCAAAUGUUUUGGUAAAUUUUGUCAAAGGGCACAAUGUAAUAAGGAUUAAGUGUGAUCAAACUUAUAUCACACAAAGCUACAACAUUGGACCUUUUUAUUACAGCUGUGCAACUCUUAAACCUGAACAGUUCUGUCUACACAACUGAAUUUUCCUCUAUGUGAAGACAUAUUUGUGGUACUUAAAGGCCCACUCUGUAACUUUACUGGUAGAAGGUCCUCUGCCAUGGAGAUGAUAUUACUUUGCCUGAAAUGUUACACACUACGGUAUUAAACUCAUCUAACAAGUAUUUAUUCAAUUAGGGGUGUUUUUAGUCCUCAAAAAUACCUUUAUUACUUUGAGGAGUCGGUUUCUCCCCAGCCAUGACCUGGUGGCGUCUUGUGCUUGUCUUUAUAUGGAGAUAGAGGAGUUAAAUGCCAUACUGUGGAACUUUCCAGGCAAAACAAUAAUAUCUUCAUGGAGACAAGCAAAUGGCGGACUCUCCACCAGAAAUGUUAUGUAGUACACCUUUAAUUUCUGCAGACAGCGUUUGCAACUACCUGAAUCCGUCCAAUGGCACAAUGUAAGAAAUUGUAGAUUAAACAAUGUAAAACUUUGGGCCUAAAACUGCUGCAUGUUGUUUUUUAUUACAAGCUGGCAUGGAUCUUGUUCUUAACUAGGUAAAGCUCUAGUUUUGAACCAGUCAACUAAAAGACCAAAUAGUAAGCAUUAAAAGUAUCAAAUUAAGGUUAGGGAUGCACCGAUACUGACAGUGAUGUCGAAUAUUGGCAUCAAUCCAGAAAAAUUUGCUGGCUUUGGGAUCCUGUUUGGGAUUUUAAUUUGAUGGGCUAUUUACUGUAUUUAUUGUGUGAUGUUGGCUCAGAACUGUUAAUGUUUGAACUUUUAUUCAUGCAGAGCUUUUCAGCAGUUACUUGCAGAUACUUAAAGUUUAAAUAUCAGUGUCAGAUCUGAAAAAUCUGGAUCGGUGCAUCCCUAUUAAGAUGUUUUUGUUUUUUAUUCAGUAACUUGAACAUACAGUAUUGAGGUGAGGUAGAUACUCAAAACAUACAAAAUAUAUCUAAAUGCAUUUCUUUGUGAACAAGACAUAGAAUCAAAAAUUAAAUUAAACUAGUAACAUGUUAAGUAUUAAGUAAAACAAUAAAUCGUAUUGCACAUUUCUAAAUAACCCACUUGAAUUGAGCUUCUGUAUUGCUUCCAAUAUGUCAUAGCUGAAUAUAUUUUUCUUAAUGUGGCCCUACAGUUCAAAUUGUUUUAUGAUUUUUUUUUUUAAGAUGAAAAAAGGGACCUUUCUUUAGUGACAAUCGGUUGAAGCACGUUGGUUCACCUUCGCAUGUUUGACUUUCAGGUCUGACCAGUGUUACAAAAAUACAACUUUUUACAGCACUACAAUCUUUAAUAUAGAAAGUGAAUGUUAUGGCUGCUCUUGUAAAUACUGCUAAUAUACAUUGUUUAUACAUGUUUGUAAUGCUUUUAUUUGGCGCUUAAACCUUUGAAGGGAAAUGCUGAACUGUACGUUAUAAAAGCUGAAGAUCUGUUAAAAUUACUUGAAUUCAGAAUAUGACUCUUGUAGUAGUUUUGACUUGGCUUAUUGAGUUUUGUUCUAGAUUUGUUGAUUCUCUUUUAAUUUUAGUGAAGUAAGUUUGACAUCAAAUCCCUAAAACAAAAAUCUUACUCCUUGGAUGAAUAAAUUUGCUUAAAAGAUGAAAAAAAUAAGGCUGGGCAAUUAGGCAUUUGCUUUUGAAAAACAAUAAAAAUAGCUUUCAGUAUUGAUUUCAUGAGCCUAAACCAGACACUUUUAAACUGUAUCAUUUAACACAAAUAGACCAAUUUCCUCUUCCAUAGUCUGAACUCCACUACAAACCACAUGGCUCUAAUUUUAAUAA